AUGGCUCUGAUAGCGCAGGAAGAUCUGAUGGAGUUAGAGAUGGUCUCGAGAUUCCAUCCCAUGGUCGCACCAUGCUUUGCGAUUGAGAACAAAUCGACCCCGGAGUUGCAAUCUGUCAUGGGCGCUGUCAUAGAUCCUGCCCUUAUUUCCUAA